UGUAAUCUUUCUUGGUGCAUACACCUACUUACUUGUUAUACGGCAACACAAACUCCCCUGAAUUGCGUGUUUGAAUUUUGUUUUUGUUUGGAUUUGCUUGGCCCUGUCUCUUGUCUCUGGUCAUGUGGGUUUUAAAAAACUAUCUUUUGGUAGUUUCUACGCUCUAUGUUGUUCCUGUAUCAGCUCUCAAUUAUAUCUCUGUCACUUGUCAUUCGCUCUGUUGCUCUUUAUAUGCCAGUCUCCAGCAUCUUUAGGUCAUUGUUGAAUUUUUGAUUUUUUUUUCUGUACGUUGCAGUAUCGUCUUUGUAAGAUGGCAGAUCGAAUGACGCGGAUUGCUAUUGUGAAUAAUGAUCGGUGCAAGCCGAAGAAAUGCCGACAGGAGUGCAAGAAGAGCUGCCCUGUUGUCAAGACGGGGAGACUUUGUAUCGAGGUGACUUCUACUUCCAAGACUGCUUUCUUAUCAGAGGAGCUCUGUAUAGGAUGUGGCAUCUGCGUGAAGAAGUGCCCGUUUGGAGCCAUUCAGAUUGUCAAUCUUCCCAAGGACUUGGAGAAAGAUACAAUCCACCGCUAUAGGGAAAACUCCUUCAAACUGCACAGGCUUCCAGUGCCAAGGUCGGGUCAAGUCCUAGGGUUGGUUGGAACUAACGGUAUUGGGAAAUCAACGGCUCUCAAAAUCUUGGCUAAUAAACUCAAACCAAAUCUCGGCAGAUACAAUAAUCCUCCGGACUGGCAAGAAAUUUUGAAUCACUUUCGUAGCUCAGAACUUCAAAGCUAUUUCACACGUCUCUUAGAAGAGGAUCUGACGGUCGUCAUAAAGCCACAACAUGUGGACCAAAUAAAAAAGUUUGCUCAAGGUAAGAUUGGGAUGACGCUUGAGAAGAUGGACGAGAGAGGAAUGAUGGAGGAGAUAUGUGCUGAUAUGGAGUUGACUAAGAUCCUGGAGCGUGACGUAGCAGACGUAUCUGGUGGAGAGCUGCAGAGAGAAGGAAUCAACGUGUUCUUGGCUGGGUUUAUCCCCACAGAAAACUUGCGUUUCAGGGAUGAAUCUCUGUCCUUCAAGGUAUCUGAUACUCCACAGGAGAGUGAUGGGGAAGUGAAGUCCUAUGCAAGAUACAAUUACCCAAACAUGAGUAAGACAGUUAAGGAUUUCAAGCUGGAAGUGAUGGGAGGAGAGUUCACAGACUCUCAGAUUAUCGUAAUGCUCGGGGAGAAUGCUACAGGGAAAACGACCUUCAUACGGAUGCUGGCAGGCGCAUUCCCAGAUGAAAAGGGGAUCCCAGUGUUUAAUGUGUCGUACAAACCGCAAGGGAUUGAUUCGAAGAGCGCGCGUACGGUGAGAGAGUUUCUGCAGGACAAGAUUCGUGAUGCAUAUGUGCAUCCACAGUUUGCGUCGGAUGUAAUGAGACCGCUCCAGAUUGAGGAGCUGCUGGAUCAACAGAUGUGCGACCUCUAUGGUGGAGAGAAGCAGAGGGUUGCCAUAACUCUAUGCCUUGGGAAGCCCGCAGACAUCUAUCUGAUCGACGAGCCAAGUGCGCAUCUGGACUCGCAGCAGCGGAUUACAGCUUCAAAAGUGAUUAAGCGGUUUAUCCUGCACGCGAAGAAGUCUGCAUUUGUUGUGGAGCAUGAUUUCAUAAUGGCGACCUAUCUCGCAGACCGAGUCAUUGUGUACUAAGGCAAGUCAGCAGUUAAGUGCGUUGCUAAUUCUCCGCAGUCGCUGCUGAGCGGAAUAAAUCUCUUUUUAUCGCACCUGAACAUUACAUUCAGACGGGAUCCGACUAACUUCAGGCCAAGGAUCAACAAAUCAGAGUCACUCAAGGACAGAGAGCAAAAGGCUGCAGGGUCAUACUACUUCUUAGACGAUUGAUCUAUGGGUAAAGUUUAAGAGAGAAAGAAGCUUAUUUACAGACCCAGAUUGAGUAUCAAUAAUUACCUGAAUUUGUUGGGUAAUUUAAAAGACAUCAUAGGAGUAAGAAUGAGAUCCUUGCUCUCUUUAUCGCUCUAGUAUUUUUAGCCAAAUUAGAAUUUAUAGCAAACCUGCUGAAAAGAUUAAGAGUUCGAAGAUCUUGUAGUGCGAAUACAAAUCUUUUUUUCC